UUUAGAAAUUAUGAACAUCGUCUUAGUAGUGCAAAUUAUUUGUGCAAAGUAAAACUAAAGGUGGCAACCAUAUUUCAGUACAUUAUAAUAAACUGCUCCGACAUUAUCAGAAAGACAUGUCUAACAAAACAUUCCUUUAUCUUCUUACCAUAUUUCAAAUGGUUUUAGCUAUUGAAGAUCCAGUUGUAGAGCUUCCAAAUGGCAAAAUAUUAGGGCGCCAGGCAACAACUUAUACCAACACACCCUAUUACGCUUUCCAGAAAAUACCUUACGCAGCUCCACCAGUUGGUGAACUUCGAUUUAAGGCACCUCAACCCGCUGAUCCUUGGGAUGGUAUCCUUAACACGACAUAUUUAGAUGUGAGUUGUUAUCAAGGCGGUUUAGAAUCUGAUUCGGAAGACUGCCUUUUUGUCAAUGUUUAUACACCAACGUUACCUGCAGAUAAUCAAAAUGCCUCCCUUCCAGUCAUGCUCUUUAUACAUGGUGGUGCAUUCAUUGAAGGCUGGAGUUUGGACUACCAACCUGAUCUGUUUAUAGACAAUGAAGUAAUUUUAGUUACCAUCAACUAUAGACUAGGAGUUUUUGGUUUUUUGUCAACAGGAGAUGAAGUAGUACCUGGUAACAAUGGACUCAAAGAUCAACGUCUAGCUAUACAAUGGACUCAUGAAAAUGUACACUUGUUUGGUGGCGACCCAGAACAAAUAACUAUUUUUGGCGAAAGUGCAGGUUCAGCUUCUGUGGCGUAUCAACUUCUAGAUCAAAGUUCAGAAGGAUUGUUCAGAGCAGCAAUUUUAGAAAGCGGUUCCUUUUUGUCCCCAUGGGCCGACCAAAGAAAUGCUCGAAGAAUUGCCUUCGAAACAGCGGGAAUACUUAACUCGACUUUUUCGACUAGUGAGGAUUCGAAUGCAUUGCUAGAAUUUUUACAGAGUGUUAGUGCUGAUGAUUUGGAUGCAGCUGCCCAACAAUAUAGAGCAACCGUAAGUACUCCAUGGGACAAUGAUGUUUCUCAAGGACUUGUCUAUGCACCUGUAAUUGAGGUGAAAAAUCCAGACGCUUUUAUUACCAAAAAAAUGUACGGACUUCUGCAAGCAGGAAAUAUCUUAAAGGUACCUGUUAUAAUGGGUAUUAACUCUGAAGAAAAUUUACUCUUUAAUCAAGACCCAGUCGCUCUACAGUCAACGUUAGAAGCAUGGGAUAAUAACUUAGAUUUCAUAGUACCAAACGACAUGCAAAUUACGGAUAGUCAACAACAUGCAGACAUGGCAAAGUCCAUACGCGAUAUUUAUACAAAUGGUGAACCCUUUGGCACACGCUUGGGAGAUGGUGUUCGAUAUUCCACCGACAAUACUUUCAGUAGACCAGUAACCAAACACGCCGAACUAGCAUCCGCAUUUACUGAAAUUUAUUUCUACCAGUUUUCUUACGAUGGAUUACCUGGGGGCAUUUCCAUCCACUAUGACGGUGCUGAAAGUGUCGGUCAUGCAGAAGAACUUUCAUAUCUUUUUUGUGUCAGUGCGAUGGGGUGUAGUUUCAGCGAUUUUACAGAGAGUGAUACAGUUACGUCGCAACGACUUAUCAAACUUUGGACAAAUUUUGCUAAAUAUCAAAAUCCAACUCCAGAGGUGUCUGAAUUAUUCCAGAAUAUUACUUGGUCCAAACUUUCCGUCGAAAAUGGUGAUUUCCUAUAUCUCGAUAUAAACGAGCAACUGGAAAUCAAAAACCACAUCAAGGCAGAAGUUAUUCAGAAGUGGAAUAAUCUUUAUGAAAGUUUAAAUUUUACUGAUUUUGAUACAUAUUAAUAAUAUAAUUAAUUUUGAGUUU